AUGGCGCUACGUCUGCUGCGGAGGGCGGCGCGCGGAGCUGCGGCGGCGGUGCUGCUGAGGCUGAAAGCGUCUCUAUCAGCUGAUAUCCCCAGACUUGGAUGUAGUUCCUCAUCUAAUCACAAGUACAUCCCCCGGAGGGCAGUGCUUUAUGUACCUGGAAAUGAUGAAAAGAAAAUAAAGAAGAUUCCAUCCCUGAAUGUAGAUUGUGCAGUGCUCGACUGUGAGGAUGGAGUGGCUGCAAACAAAAAGAAUGAAGCUCGACUGAGAAUUGUAAAAACUCUUGAACACUUUGAUCUGGGUCCUACUGAAAAAUGUGUGAGAGUCAACUCAGUGUCCAGUGGUCUGGUGGAAGAAGACCUAGAGACCCUUUUGCAAUCCCGGGUCCUUCCUUCCAGCCUGAUGCUACCAAAGGUGGAAAGUCCUGAAGAAAUCCAGUGGUUUGCAGACAAAUUUUCAUUCCACUUAAAAAGCCGAAAACUUGAACAACCAAUGAAUUUAAUCCCUUUUGUGGAAACUGCAAUGGGUUUGCUCAAUUUUAAGGCAGUGUGUGAAGAAACCCUAAAGGUCGGGCCUCAAGUAGGUCUCUUUCUAGAUGCAGUCGUUUUUGGAGGAGAAGACUUUCGAGCCAGCAUAGGUGCAACAAGCAGUAAAGAAACCCUGGAUAUUCUCUACGCCCGGCAAAAGAUUGUUGUCAUAGCGAAAGCCUUUGGUCUCCAAGCCAUAGAUCUGGUGUACAUUGACUUUCAAGAUGGAGCUGGGCUUCUUAGACAGUCACGAGAAGGAGCCGCCAUGGGCUUCACUGGUAAGCAGGUGAUUCACCCUAACCAAAUUGCCGUGGUCCAGGAGCAGUUUUCUCCUUCCCCUGAAAAAAUUAAGUGGGCUGAAGAACUGAUUGCUGCCUUUAAAGAACAUCAACAAUUAGGAAAGGGAGCCUUUACUUUCCAAGGGAGUAUGAUCGACAUGCCAUUACUGAAGCAGGCCCAGAACACUGUGACGCUUGCCACCUCCAUCAAGGAAAAAUGAUCUGUUAAAUGAAGCUCUCAUCAGGCUAAAGGGUAUUGAAGCUGCAGAGGGAUCAACUUGUGCUUGCCAGAGGACGCCAAUGAAGUUUGAAACACCAACAAUCAGAGAUUUUGUUUCUGUUCCUCAUUAAAUCAUGAGCUUUUGUGCCGAGA